AUGAUUUAGGUGUUGUUUCCUAAGGGUGUGUUUGGAUAGAAUGAUUUGUAUUUGGUAUUUGUGGUUUGGAUUUCUAAAUGUCAAAGCAUGUGUUUGGGUAUUAAUUACAUUUGGUAUUUGGAUUCAUAGGGUGAUUUCCAAAUACAUGUCUAGUGUAUUACUUGUUAACUUCAAAUACAUUUCAACAACUAGUGAUUUGAAAUACCGCCUAACAAAAGAUUUGUGCCAAAGGUAAUCUUGGCCGAAUCCUUUCCUCGGGUUGCCGCUACUGCCAUCUCUUCUACCUGCUGGGUCUCCGACAUUUGCCAGGUAAGUAUGAGUGUUGGUAGAUGGGAGAUCCCCCUUUCUAUAACUUUGAGAGGUGGUGCGGAAAUUCAGCGGUUAUCUCUUACUAAUUUUCUAAAUUCUUUACCCCCUGAUUUCAUCAAUUGUGGUCCAAGUCGAGUGGUUUGGGAUAUCUUGGAGAGCUCCUCCUUCUCUGUCAAUUCUCUUUACAGGUUUCUUGCAGAUGAACGAUUCCCAGGCGAUGAUAGCUUUCAUGUAAAGGCAAUUUGGAAUCACGAUAUCCCUACAAAGAUAUGCGGGUUUAUGUGGUUGCUUUAUCAUCAAAGUGUUAUGACCCACGAUUGCCUGCGAAGAAGAGGAUGGAAUUUGCCUAGUCGAUGCUGUCUUUGUGGCCAUGAAGAGGAGACCACUAUUCACUUAUUUUGCACAUGUCCUUUUGUCAUUGAAGUCUGGAGGUUAGCAGUUGCCCUGCUGCCCAUUCAGAGUUUGCUUCAUGACUGCAUCUCCGCGACCAUUCGUGGGUGGCCCUCCGCCACCGCAUCAUGCCCAACAUAAUGGUUCAAGAACAAAAUUAUGCAUUUGAUUUGUUGGUGUGUUUGGAAAGAAAGAAACGCUAGGAUUUUUCAGGACAAGUAUCAAUCAUACAUGAAUGUUUGUAUGAAGGCUUUUGGAGCAGUGGUUGAUUGGCUGCAGGCAAGAGGAAAGAUCACGAGAGAUCAAACAGAUGGUUGGAGCCUCUUUUUUUUCACUUAUAUUCGCAGGAGUUGAGCUUUUUCCUCUUCUUGCUACUGUACUCGAGAUGCUGGUCUUGCCACUUGCCUUUUGUGGCUUUCUUGUUGGUUUUUGCUCGUUUUUUUUCUUCUUUUUGCAAUUUUGUGAUGUUUUUUCUGUGUUUUCCGAGUGAUUAUGUCUUAUGAAUCACCUGAUUUGCUGUACUCUUCUUCUUUUUUCUUCUCUAUUAAUACUAUUUUCAUCAUUAUAAAAAAAGAUUGGACCUAUAUGUAAAAUAUUAAAAGUUUAGGUACUAUAGUGUGAGGCAAAACAUAUAAAGGUACCCAAAUAUAAUUUUAUCAUCACAAUUUAUGGACCUUUUUGUAACAUUUUAAAAGUCUAGGCAUUAAUUUCUAAGGAAAAAUAAAUUCGGGUAUCAAAUUGUAAUCUACUAAAAUUUAUAAUAACCGACCACAAUAGUGAAAAUUAAAAGAAAAGAUAAUGAAAUUUAAAAUACAAAGAAAUUACAAAUGAGUAUCUAAUGCAUUUCAAAUGCUAGUAUUUCAAAUGUAUGCAUUUUAAAAAUAACGUGUUUCAAAUACCUUACAUAGAAAUACAACUAUCCAAACGCUUCCUAAUAGGAUUUGGAUGUUGAAAUUGGUUCCCAAAUAUCAACCAUAUUGUUUUUGGACAAUAACAUUGUUUGUUAAGGUAUGCACAUCCAUGGGGCCCAAAAAUUUGGACAGAUUUUUUAGCUCAAAAGUCGAAACCCAUGGUACUCACGUAUUUGCAACUACCACAUUUCAUUCGAUAUUUUGUUAUGAAAGACAAUUUUUUGAGACCAAAUACCAAAUCAACUAAAUUCAUGAUAAAAAUCAAUUAAAUAUACAAUGUUAUAUUUCAAAUACAAAAUACAACAAAUCAAUCAUAAAUUCAAAAUUUUUCAAAAUUCAAAAUCUAUAUUUUCUAAUUCAACAAGCAAAAAACGAGCUCUUAAACAAGGGCAUUGCUAUUCGUCGCCCUAAUUUUUAUUGAAAUGACUCAAAUAUCCUUAGCUUAAUUAUUGUCUUUCAAACCCGCCGACCCCUUAUGGUGCCGUCUCCGGCGAGUUGGGACAGGUUGGAACCUCGUACCUCUUCAAACUACCAUCACCAGUGGGUCAUUCCGACAAUGAGCCUGUGGCGGGAUCGGAGAAAGGCGCUCCAUCUAUGCUCAAGAUGUUCGGAAGGAGCGCACCUAGCUGCGAACGACGACACUCUGUCUCUGUUCCCGAUGUCAUAUGCGAUUAAUUUAUAUUCUACCAGACCGGCGCAUCUCAGCUUGUCGGGAUUCCAAUUAGAAAGAGUUUCGAUAUGGGUUUUUAGGGUUUCAAUGUCUAUAAGGGUUUUAUUCGUGUUGUGGUUGUCGUUGUUAUUUUGAUUUCUGGGUUUCAGGAUUCAUCCCUUCCGUUCCCGAUUCAAUUUGUGCAGAGUGGCAAUUCAUCUUCUCGAAGUCAUCAUAUAUAGUGAGGUCAAGAUUUCUACGCUUCUUCUUCGUCUUCUUCCUCCGGCAAUAAAAGUAGAUCACCAGCGACGCUCAAGUUGAGGUGGGCAGAUGCCGGAUAAAAGAAUCCCACAGCGAUAGCACCGUCCGUGUUGAGGUCGGUGGCUGCUGGGCAGGGUACGUAAGGAAUUUUUUAUUCAGUGUUUUGGUUUGAAAUUGGAAUUAGAGGGUAAGAUUGUUAAUUUGGUGCAUUUCAGGACGAUAAAAUUUGAAUUUUAGGACAACGAAUAGCGAUUUCACUUAAAGUAACCUGCUCUACUGCCGAUUCCUCGUCUUGCUUAGCACGCUUUAGGAGCGCAUUUUAGUGAGACUCUCCCUCCCACUUUAAACAAACAUGAAAAAUCCAUUUUCGGUCUUUACCGCCCAUAAUUUCAGUUUGCCUCCAAAAUGCCUGUUUCCCGUGGCGCUAACGUCCACAUAACGAAGCCCAACGCUUAUCCUGCGCACCACAGGAGAUCCAUUCACCCAAAAUAGAAAAGCAAAGAACAGAGAAGAAAGACAGAAACGAGCUGAAGUACAAAGGUUUUCGGACGAGUCAGACUCAGUCCUCCCCAUUUCUACACUCAAGUCAGAAUCCUCUUCCAGAAACUCUCCCCCGGCCGGAGCGCAGCGCUGCACCUGAAGCAGAGACGAAACCGGUGAGCACUCAUCUCCGGCGAUUUCUUUUUUUUCUCCUCUUUCCGCCCGAAGUCGUCGCUUGAGCCCUCGUAUCAGUUCAAUUAUCUUGUAGAUUUCCUUUUCGUUUGCUGUUCUCGGUUCUGCUUGUGUUUUCCCGGUGGUCCAUUCGGUACGAGGAGUCUCCCCGGUAGAUAGGUUUCAUUUCCUCUUCUCCUGCACCAUAAGAAGAGCCGUUUUGUUUAUUAGGGUAACGAAUCCCUUGGGCUUGGUAGCUUGGCAUGAAUUCGUUAGCAGAGUUUGUUUUUUGUUGAUUUCGCUUUGAUGGAAGGUCUGCGUAGUGGAUAGAGGUAUUACAGCCCCGUUGGGAUGCCUGCUGCUCUUGCGAAUAAGCAUCGUAGAGUUCUUACGUGCGCAACAGGAAAUUCACGAAUCACCUUGAGAGCGUCGUUAGCUUCUGAGUUCUUGCUUAACUAUGAAGUUCUUCUGAUGUGUAAAUUGCAAGGAAUAGCAGGGUGUAGUUGCUAGGGUCUUAUUUGUUCUGGAUUCCAUGACAUGGAGAAUUCAAAUCUUAUCUGUUGGUCUUGUGAUACUGCUGAUGUUGCUCCUAAUACCUAACCCUUCUGUUUCUUUUACAGAGCUGGAUGAGAUUCUAGUCUCAACAUGUAUAUAAAACAGGUAUUUCAGGCUUGGUUUUCCUUUUUGUUUAUAUUUUGUGUUCAGCAGUUCUUAAAGUCAAAUCCAUUCAUGGGAAUCCAAAUGCAGGUUAUCAUUGAAGGGUUUAAGAGUUACCGGGAGCAAGUAGCCACCGAGACUUUCAGUCCAAAAGUCAACUGUGUUGGUAAAUUUGAUUUCCCUCAGAAUCUAUAUGACCAUCUCCAAUUUCUUUCCAGUUCUGGGUAUUCUGACUAGUAUAAGAUACUCCGUCAAAUGUUGGAUGAAACUGAAUAGGGUACAACUUUCUGUCUGUUGGAAUUUAUCUUCUCUGUACUUGAAAGAUUAUUAUAACUUCUUCAAGUUUAAGUUUGAAUGUUUAUUCAUUAAAAAAAGUUGGAAUGUUUGUUUAUUUGAUCUUCAAUUAGCAGUUGUGAUAUCUUCACUUUGAUAUAGAUUCUGCAGUCUGACUAUGUAGAUUCGCCAUGUGAAGUUCUGGAAAUGCUAUGCACUCAUAAAACCUUCCCCCAGUUCUCAUGCAAAAAAUGCCUUCCCCUACUUUUAAAAGUAGUUUAGGAUCACUUCUGAAGGAUAAGCUCAGAAACUUCGGCAUGUUUGUAUGCUCAACUAUUAAAUAUUUUAAUGAGAUUCUCUCCAUUCAUUAUCUGGGUUAUCUUGCGACUUACUCUUUACAUCUGCGGUUCAUGCACGAAUUGGAAUGUCAAGAUUUUAUAGUGAUUUCUAUUAACUGUUGCAACUUUCCCUGCAGUGGGCGCUAAUGGAUCUGGAAAAUCGAACUUUUUCCAUGGUUAGCUAAUACUUACAUUGAUAUAAUUGCUUGUUAAUUGUAUCAUUGGUUUGAAAUGUAUUUAUGCAUUAAUAUUAUUCGCUUAUCGGUUCCUCCCCUUUUAAUCUUAUUUUCCUUUUUGUAGCGAUUCGUUUUGUGCUAAGUGACCUCUUUCAAAACCUGCGAAGUGAAGAUAGGCACACUCUACUGCAUGUAUGUUUCUUAAUAUAUUGUUUGCAUUCCAAUCUCUUAACACAACUUCUUUCUAAAGCAACUUCGUUUAAGCUUAAUUUUCUUUUUAUAACAGGAAGGUGCUGGACACCAAGUGUUAUCUGCCUUUGUGGAGAUUGUUUUCGAUAAUUCAGAUAAUCGCAUCCCGGUAAUGCUUUUUAGUCUACAAGACUUGUUGCUUGGUUUUCAGUUUCUUAUUAGGUUGGUCGUUGGUGUGUUGUGGCGUGAUGAUCUCGGUGAUGUAAAUCUUAUCAAAUAAGCCCUUCUAUUUGUUUGUCUUGCCUUGGGAGUUUUUGUCAUUGCUUCUACUUUCUGCUCUAUGUUUAGAAAGCUGUUUCACCAUGAGGCAAGGUUUGUGUGGUGGAAGGUAGACUAUAACAUCUAUGAGGAAUGUGGGCUUUGUUUCUUUGGCUUGUGAGGAGUUGAAUAAAAAUCUUUACUGAAUUAGGGAUAAAUGAGGUUAGUUCUUUGAAAUAGUGGCUUUUGCAUACUGUCCGUGCUUAAAGGAGAUUAAGGAUAAGAAUCUCAAAUAAAUGUCCUUGUAUUUUCCAGCUGCAAAGAACUGUGUUAGUGGGCUGUUUACACUGUAUGCAUCCUAGUUGAAAUUAUAAACUCGUGCAAUCAUAUUGAAACCAUCUUAUUCAGUUUCAUUGAUCGUAACCUGGAGGUCAAAACAAGCAAGGUCUGAUUAUUAUCUUCUGGGUUUUGAGUGUUAGUCUUCACGGGAAAGUUGGUAAAUCAGUUUUCCCUGAAAGAAUAUGUCUUGAAAUAUGGUCUUAGAAUAUUUUCCUCCUCCAUGGUUUAGAGCCCCACAUAAGGGGAAGUCAGGAGCAUAAAUUUCUAGAGUUCCGGGCCAUGUUUUCAUCCCAUAUAUUCUAAGUGUUGGUUUGUAGGUAUAUACAUCUUCAAGCUGUAACAUGUAGUGUUGCCAAUAUUGCUACUUGAACAAUUUCCAGCUAUGUGCAUCCAUGGUGAUAUUAUCAUAAUUCAAUAUUUAUUCCCACCACCAUAACUGAAUCUGAUGUUACUUUCGACAAAAAAAAAAAAAAAAGAAUCUGAUGUUACUAUGUAGAAAGAUUUAAUUUUACUAUGUAGAAAGAUUUAAUUUUCAUAACUAUCAUGUGUUGUCAAGCAUCUUGAUGAAUAAGAAUUGGCUGUUUCCGCUGAAGGGCACUGUUCGAUAGCUAUGAUCCUUAUACUUUUUCACUUUUGUAAUGAUAAGUAUGUUUAUCCUUAAACAGGUGGAUAAGGAGGAAGUGCGUCUGCGUAGAACAAUUAGUUCAAAAAAAGAUGAGUAUUUCCUGGAUGGAAAACAUAUUACGAAAACUGAAGUUAUGAAUUUGUUGGAAAGUGCUGGUUUCUCUCGCUCAAACCCGUAUUAUGUAGUGCAGCAAGGAAAGAUUGCAUCGUUAACAUUAAUGAAAGAUUCCGAGCGUCUGGAUUUAUUGAAAGAAAUCGGUGGAACACGAGUAUAUGAAGAGAGACGUCGUGAAAGUUUGAAAUUAAUGCAAGAAACAGGAAAUAAAAGGAAGCAGAUAGUGCAAGUUGUUCAAUACUUGGACGAGAGACUGAAGGAACUGGAUGCAGAGAAAGAUGAGCUGAGGAAGUAUCAACAGCUUGAUAAGCAGCGUAAAUCUCUUGAGUACACAAUUUAUGAUAAAGAACUCCAGGAUGCUCGGCAGAAAUUGAAAGAGGUUGAGGACGCUCGAAACAGGGUAUCAGAAACUUCUGCCAAGAUGCAUUACAAUGUGUUGGAUGCCCAUGAAAAGUCUAAGGACUUGGACGCACAAAUGAAGGAUCUUGGGAAAGAACUUCAAGGAUUGAAUAAAGAGAGAGAGGCCGUGGAGAAGCAACACAGUCAAGCAAUAAAGAAACUGACAGAGCUUCAGCUUGAUGUGAAAGAUAUGCAAGAGAGGAUGUCAGGAGCUAACCAAGCCAAAGAAGAAGCGGGACGCCAGCUGAAAAGUGUUGAAAAAGAAAUUCAAGAUUCGAUGGAGGAGCUUGAAAAAAUUAGCCCAUCAUACGAGGAACAAGUUGAAAAAGAAAAGGAGAUUACAAAAGGAAUAAUGGAUCGUGAGAAGCAGCUUAGCAUACUUUAUCAAAAGCAAGGUCGAGCUACACAAUUUGCCUCCAAAGCUGAUCGUGACAAAUGGCUUCAGAAGGAAAUUGAGGACCUGCAGCGGGUCCUUUCUUCAAAUUUGGCUCAGGCAUGUUAUUUUUUUCUUAUGCACUUGUCUUGUGGUGUUCUACUGGGUGUGCCCAUUGCUCUUGGUUCCAUUUGCGACCUCACUGUAAAGUUCGAUGAACUGAAACUUAGUUUGUUUUUGGGUCUUUUGUGAGUCGUAUGUGCCAGUGCUGCUUUAGGAAAGACUUCCAGUUGGAUGUUAAGGCUUCAGAUGCUAGAUUUGGUUAGUAUGUUCUGGUUGUAUUUGAGAAAGAACUCCAAAUUAGUUUGUGAUUCAAUUUUUCUUUCUGAAGAGAUCUGUUCGUAAUAACGAUACAAAUAGUAAGACCUGCAAGAGCCAUAUGCUUGUGUACUUUGGUUUUGUGCAACUGCCAGUGGAACUGAUGUUCACUUUUAUUGGUUGGGGAUCAUCUUAAACGAUUACAUCUUAUGCUGCCAUCAUCUUAAUCCCUCCGCAUGGAAAAUCUCAUCCAUCUUUUCUAUGCUUGUGUCAUUUACACUUGCAGGAGAAAAAGCUUCAGCAGGAAAUUAAUAAACUCAAUGUGGACUUAGCAACUCAAGAUGCAUACAUUACGGAUCGCAAGGCUGACAUUGAAAAAAUUCAGUCUCAUAUUUCUCAGUCACGAAAAGGAUUCAGUAACCAUAAAGAUCAGAGAGAUAAGCUGCAUGAUGAGCGAAAGUAUGCUUUUUCUUCCAUUUUUUGCUGUUCUUGUCAGGCUUCUUGAAAUUGUUUGAAGGCUUGUGACAUGUUUGAACUUUCCAGGGCAUUGUGGGGAAAGGAAAGUGCCCUUGAUGCUGAAAUUGAUAAGCUGAAGACAGAACUUGAGAAAGCAAAGAAGAGUCUUGAUCAUGCGACUCCUGGUGUGAGUAUUCAUUUUGAGGUUUUCAGAAUAUCUCAGUCCUUUUACUGUGAACAAACGGAGAUCCUAGUCCUGUGUGUACCAGUUUAAAGGUCUUCUCCUGAAAACGAACUCAGUUACUGUUAAUAAUUUCAGUUUUCUGUUGAAGAAGGAUCUGAAGUCCGUUCUGUACUAUUUGAUCAGGGCUUCAAAUUGUCAUGACAGUUUCUAUUAAGUUAGAGAACUGUUUCUCGUCUAAUACUGGAACCUAUUUCUCCUGUCCUCGAUGUUGUGUGAGAGCCUUUCUCUGGUUUAUGUUAGACAGUUUACGAACCAUGGCCGCUUUCUCUUUGCAGGCCAAUAGUUGAUCACACUUUGAUUUGAAAUCCAUUCUGUCUGAGUUAAUUAUACACUCUGUGGCUUGUGCACUCUUGAAACAGCUUUGCUGCAACUAAAAAAGACUUAUUUUUCUUUCUGAAGCCCGACAAAGAAUUUUCAGACGUUUGAGUGAGACCUAAACCUUCAUUUUGCUAGAUAAAAAUGCCUGUCCUACUGCUAGGUUUUGCAUCUGCCAGUGAUAUCUGUCGCAGUAGUUUUUCUUUCUUGUAUGUAAUUGAUACAAAAUCUGUUGAAUAAUUUAUUGGAAAAGACAAUUUUUUUUCUUUUUCAUUGAAUUCAAAAGACAAUUUAGUUGGUAUCUGACAUGUCAUUUUUUGUGAUGCCUCUUUUCUGCUGUGAUGUCAGGAUGUUAGGCGAGGACUUAAUUCUAUGCGGCGUAUCUGUAGAGAACAUAAUAUCACAGGAGUUUUUGGGCCAAUUAUCGAGUUGCUUGAUUGUGAUGAAAAGUUCUUUACAGCUGUGGAAGUUACUGCUGGAAAUAGGUAUAGCAAGUCUGCACUUUCAAUUAUCUCUCCACCUCCACCCCACGGUCCUCUUCAUUUUUUUCCCUCUUCCCAGCUUCGAGUUAUAGUGCGCUUUGGUCUGUGGUUUACUUAAAAGAUACUUGUUGGUCUUCUGAUCUAUGUAGUUCUAUAGUUCUAUCAAUGAUGCUCUUGAAUUUGUGUUGUUUAUUGAGCAGCCUUUUUCAUGUGGUCGUUAAGGAUGAUGGAGUGUCAACCCAAAUAAUCAGACAGCUUAAUGCUCAGAAGGGUGGACGAGUUACGUUUAUACCUCUGAAUAGGAUUAAGGCUCCAAGGGUGAACUACCCAACAAAUUCUGAUGAUGUGGUAGCCCUAAAAAAGAAGUUGAAGUUCAAGGAAAGUUUCGACCCUGCAUUUCAACAGGUUAGCGACAACUGCACCUUAUUGAUCAAGGAGUAAUAUUGUCACUUCAGUAUUCAAAAUAAGAGAAGUGUCACCUGAUGUUUUUUGUGGCCGAAGUGCCAUGCGAUAUUUUUUCCUGAGAGUUCUCUUUGCUUUUUUAUGCACUUCUAUAUUGCUGCAUGGAAUGCCUGUAGCAAAAGGACAUGUAUGAUGAGGAAAACACUUUUUCACAACGUACCUAUGGGUCAUUUGGAUUGGGCAACGUGCAAAUGUAGACAUUUGGUUAAGUGUCUCAUUUGCAAAAAAGAGACAUUUCAAAAUGUCUGCACCUCCCUUGGACAUUACGAAAUGACUCGAAUGAAUUAAAUGCUUGUACCUCCCAUAGACAUUUGGAAAUGACUCUAAUGGCCAUCCAAACGACCCACUAUUGAUCACUUCUGUAUCCGGCUUAAUAUACUGUAAGAUUUCAU